AUGGCCCACAACCGCAGGUUUGCUUUUCCUCUUAUUACACUGGCUCAUUGGCUCAUUUGUGCAACAACAGCAAAACCAUCUCAAGUGAAGCACAAAGAGGCUGAAAUGGAUUCAAGGCGCCACAGCCUGUCCGUGCUAGUCACAGCCGUCAUCAACGAAGACGGGACCCAUCACUUCACCAUGAUCGCCCGGCUGGAUGACGUUCAGAUCCUGUACUACAGCAGUGACAGGCGAGAGGUCAGAGCCACCCAGCCGUGGGCAGAACAGGCCCUGGGCGCUGAGUAUCUCCAGGAAAAGACCCAGGAGUUUUGGGUGCAUGAGGAGGACUCUGAAGUCAUUACCAGGAGGUGGAUGCAGCUGCACAACCAGACGGAUGUGCCCUGGUGUCACCGUCCGGCCAAGCCCCCUCUGACCCCACCUUUCCCUGAUUUCAAUGCACGGUCUGAGCUCUCUCCCUCCUCCACAGGGGUUCACACUGAGCAGGUUCACGUGGGCUGUGCGCUGAGCGGCCAGACCCCCGUGGACCCGAGGUUCCAGUACGCCUACGACGGGGGGGACUUCAUGAGAUUUGAUGCCCAGACGGGGACGUGGGUCGCGGCCGUGCAGCCGGCUGUCCCCGUGAAGCAGCGCUGGGAGACGUUGGCCAAGACCUGGACUCGGUAUGUCCAGUGGCUCUUGCAGUCCGAGUGCCUGGAGACCCUGCGGCGCCUGGUGCAGCAGGGGAGGGCGGUGCUGGAGCGGCAGGUGCCUCCCGAGGUCUCGGUUUCCUGCAGAGACACCCCCGACAGCUCCAUCAUCCUCUCCUGCCGCGCCAGGGGCUUUUACCCACGUCCCAUCCACGUCUCCUGGGUGCGGGACGGAGAAGACAUCCUGGCGGAGAUGGACUCCAGCGGGAUCCUACCCAAUGCUGACGGCACCUACUACACGCAGUCGUCCCUGGAGAUCUCCCCGCAGCAGGACGGGCACCGCUACGCCUGCCGGGUGGAGCACAGCAGCCUGGGGGAGCCCACGCUGGUCUGGGCCCCUGGGAAGAAGGGCCCCCUGCCCCCCGGGGUCCUGGCCGCCAUCGUCCUGGCCGUGCUGGUUCUGGCUGGAGCCGUAGGGGCCGGCGUCGUCCUGUGGAGGAGAAAAUCAGCAGGUGAGAGACGGUCCCCGCGGAGCCGGGAUGUGGGGAGCUCUGGGGCGUGGGGCAGCCCAGCCAGCCCACGGGGGAAUGGCUCCUAG